AACUCGACUCACGCGUGCCUCUUGGCGUGCUCGACGCUGUAGUAUCGCGCGACACCGGCGGCAACCAUGACGGCGUUGACGAUGAUGGUCCUGGCCGACGCGAGGCACAUGACGGUGGUGAUGAGCGCGACGGGGUUCUUCGAGGCCGAGAUGAGUAGCGACUCCUUCCAGCUCCUCGGCAUGGCCGAGAUGGUCAUGAUCCCCGCCAUCUUCGCCCACAGGUCCAAGCACGGGACACCGACGUUCAGCAUCCUGUGCUCGGCGACGGGGGUGGUGAUCCUCUCCUUCAUGAGCUUCCAGGAGAUCAUCGAGUUCCUCAUCAACUUCCUCUAUGGGCUCAGAAUGCUCGUCAUGUUCGCGGCCUUCAUCAAGCUGCACGCCAAGAACCCGGACCUCCCCAGGCCAUACCGGAUCCCUGUCGGCACCGCGGGGGCUGCCGCCAUGUGCGUCCCGCCCGUCGCGCUCAUCACCACCGCGGGGGCUGUACUACGGCGUCGAGCACGCCAAGAGGCACACGUGGGUCGAGUUCCUGGUGCCCGUGCCGCCACCACCUGACAGCUCCCACGGAUCAACCACGGUACCUGAAGACGCCGCCGACAUCGAGGACGUCCGCGCCGGGCUGCUCGCCGACGAGACCGCUGACGAAGGCGGCAGCAAGGUCGAGUAGCUUGUCGUUCGGUA